AUGGGCAAGCAGAUCGACGCCAACGAGCUCAAGAACCACAAGUCCGAGGAGUCGGCUUGGACCGUCGUCGAAGGCAAGGUGUACGACGUCACCAAGUUUCUUGACGACCACCCGGGCGGAAAGAAGAUCUUGCUCAAGAACUGCGGCAAGGACUCCACUGAGGCCUUCUGGACCUACCACAGCGAGAAGAUCCUCGAGAAGGUCGCCGCUGAGUACCACAUCGGCGAGUUCAAGGACUCCGCUAAACUCUAA